AAUUUACUGUCAACCGUAAACAACUGUCAUCACAUAAAAAAAGCCAUCAUUUUCCAAUUGUAAAAAUUAACAAAAAAAAAAUUAAAUUUUGUUUAUAAAACUUAUUUAAUUUUAAACAAUUUCCCAACAAUUAAAAAAUAAAAACAUUCAAAAUGCGAAUAACUGUAAAAAUCCUCAAAGGCAAAGAAUGCGUUGUAACUGUAACUCCCGAAACGACAAUUCUCGAAGUAAAACAACAAAUUUCCCGUAUCCUUGAUAUUCCUGUUGUUCAUCAAAAAAUCGUCCAUCUCGGACGAUCGUUAAUUGAUGAAAAUACAAUUUCCUCAUAUCCCACAAUCAAAGAUGGAACAAAACUCAAUUUGGCCGUCAAGAAACCAGAUCCACUUAAAGAAGUCAUCUAUCGGUCAUUUCGAAAGUAUUACAAUGAAGAACACUCUGAGAAGUUAACUAAGGAAUUUAUGAAGGAUUUCGAAUCGAAAUUACGUCAAUUGAGUUUGGAUGAUAUUGAAAAAUUGGCUGAGAAUAUGCUUGCUUAUUCCAUGUAGAAGAAACAACGACAACCCAACAUCAGUCAGCAACAAUAACAACAAAAACUAUUUAAGUCUCUCAUUGGUAGAUGCUCUGUCGUGGGUCCUAGUAGUAGAAGUCAUCGUCGUCGUAGGGUUUGAUUCUAGUUUUGUACCUUCUUUAUAAAAAUGUGUAUAAAUGUGUGUAAUAA